GCUUAACACAAGGCCAGUAUUUGGAGGUGUAAGAUCUCGCAUUGGGGUCCAGCAAAAUCUUCUAAACAGAUCAUCACCAGCUGUCAGCUUCCAGCGGACGUUUGAUGCCCGACAGAAGAUAGGACUCACUGAUGCCCGACACAAACUGGGGGUUAAAGAUGCUCGUGAAAAACUGGUUCAAAAGGACGCUCGGUUCAAAAUCAAAGGGAAGGUACAGGAUGCUCGGGAGAUGUUGAAUUCCCGUAAGCAGCAAAGUGUUGCUGCUGAAAAGGUGACCAAAGUGGUGGAUGCUAGAGAGAAGAUCAGCUUAAAAAGGAGCACUCCAGCUGCUAUCAGCCCAACAAUGGGGACAGUAAAUCCAGCCAUGAAAAUCACCAAAACUAUCCAACAGAAGGCUCCAGUUCCUGGACACUCUCAUCCAGCAGGAACGAGGAUCAAUGUGGUGAACAACAACACACACAAACAGGGUCUGUAUGAGGUGGAAGAUGAUGAUGAAAGUGUCUCUCCCCUUACUAGCAAACAGAUGAAAAUCACCACCACAAACAGUUUCCUGCACAACGCGACUGGGCUGAGUGGCAAUAAAUUCUCUCUGUCCAAGACUGUUCCCCUGACUAAAGUGGUCCAGAAUGAUACGUACACAGCUCCACCUGCGCCUCCCUCUCCUAUGCGGACAAAGGCCUUGACAAACAUGUCCCGGACUUUAGUGACAAAGGAGGAGCCUCCAAAAGAACCAGCACCUGUUGAGCUGGCGUUCAGUCCUUUGGAAGGCACAAAGAUGACCGUGAACAAUCUGCAUCCUCGCGUCACAGAGGAAGACAUUGUUGAAUUAUUCUGUGUGUGCGGCGCUCUGAAGCGAGCCCGGCUGGUGCACCCUGGAGUUGCUGAGGUAGUAUUUGUGAAGAAAGAAGAUGCUAUCACAGCAUAUAAGAAAUACAACAACAGGUGCUUAGAUGGUCAACCAAUGAAAUGUAAUCUUCAUAUGAAUGGGAAUAUCAUCACCUCAGACCAGCCUAUAUUGCUCCGACUGAGUGAUACCCCUUCAGUGAAGAAAGAAGGGGAACCACGCCGGUCAAGUACAAGUACAUCCUCAAAUCCUCCAGCUGAGGUGGACCCUGACACUAUCUUGAAGGCACUCUUCAAAUCCUCAGGGGUCUCUACCUCUGUGCAGCCUACAGAAUUUAAAAUUAAACUCUGA